AGCUGGUGAUAAAUAUAGUCAUUGUUGGAUUUUAUUCUUUUGUUCAUGCUGGCAUUUCUGUCCUAUCUAUUUUGUUUCCUUCGUUUUUUUCUUUAUUAAACUGUGUUUUCAGUCCACAAUUUGUGGAAGUUUUCAUGAUUUACUACUGCUUAAGAGUGACAGGAUCAUGGCUUAACAGAGAUGAUGUUUUGCAGAAUCCUAACACCAAGAGAGAGAUUUUUUGGAAUGAAAAGCGGAAGACCAUUUUCGAUGAGAAAGAGAAUCUUAAAUGAAAGAGAAUAAAAGGAAACAACAAAGAAAAAAUUUGAAGAUGUCAUUUCCAAUCUUGAAAGGAUUUGUGCCUCUCAACACUGAUCAACUUUACGGGAUGCUUGCAAACAUUAAGGAAGAACCACGUGAUGUUACUGAGCAUGCUCCAGCAGAAGUGUUGUUUCCUGAGAUUAAUGUUUUACUGAAAGAAGUCAAAAAGGAAAGAGAAGCUGGGGAACCUUCCAAUGCGAAUAACAGUGUUGGAGGGUUGCAGAAAGAGUUCUCUUGGUUGAAAGAAAUCAGCAAGUCUGGGAAGAGAGGCAACGAAGUAUUUCAUUUCCGAGCUGAAGCGGUACAUAAGGUUCCCCGUCCCGACAUUACUUCGUCUCUUAUUCGGGAUUUCGACACAGGCUUAAAAGGUGAAGUGUCUGCUGACAUUGUCUGCUUCGCUCGCACUUUUAUGCGGGGUGAAGUAAGGUUUUAGGCCCGCAACCUCAACUAUGACUCCUCUGCCCUGCUCUAUUUUUUACGGGCUUUUGCAGGACGGACAUGCCCGAUGCCAGUUUGCCACCCCUAAUUUCAGUGGUGUAACCGACUAUAUAUAUAUAUAUAUAUAUAUAUAACAUUUACUAUUAUAUUUAAACUUAUAAUAAUAACAAUUAUUAGAGAAUAUCUUAAGUACCUGCUGAAAUUUUAAUAAUGUCCUCAGCUUCUGUAGAUGCAUCUCCAGAAGCACUUUUUUUAAAAAAGAAUUGUUCUUUCCGUAAGUACAUCUACGGAAGCGUUAAAACCAUAAUAAAUGUUGGAAAAAUUCAAAUUAUUUCAGUUCAGCAAUUCUUCCGUAAAUGAUAUGGAAAAUAUAAUAGGGUGACCUAGUGUUGAGGCAACUGAUUUUGUCUUCAUAGUAGGGAAGGUUGCAACCUAACUGGGAAGGACUAUAUAGUAUAUUUCAGGAGCUUCCACAUGAAGCAUAUUAACGAGAAUGUAUUGGAUGGAGGACUCAUCCCUAGGAAUUGAAACUUGUUUAAUAUAUUAUUAUAGUUAAACUAUUCAUGAAUUUUCGAGAGGGCAUAUCGCCCACCUAUGUAUGAACUUUGGAAUAUUUAUGAACAAGGGGAACAUUUAUGUUUCAUUGUUAAGUAUGUCGGAGUUCCACACUAAGAUAUUUGUCGCCCAUUUAGGCAAUACGAAUAUGCUGGACAUCCACAUAAAGGUCAUUGUCGCUCGUCAAGGGAAUGCAAAUAUGUUGGACUUCCAUAGGGAGAUCAUUGCUCCCUUAAGGGAAGUAUGAAUGGGCUAUACACAAGGGAUUACCUCAUCCAACACCUUGUCUGGCUGACUUAGAGUCUCAUCAAAAAGGCUCAAACACGUAAACUCGCUCGAAGGACUUAUAAUUAAUCAAAUAUGUUCACCUAAACGACUCACCUCAGGGACUUGAGGCCUCCUUAAACAUGACCUAGUCUUAAGGUCUCACCUAAGGGACUCGACCAAAGUAUGGCCCGAGAGACUUAGCUUAAAAAUCUUGCUUGAGGGUUUGGACUAAAGUCUUGACCGAGAGACUCAACACCUUGCAUGAGAGAAUUAGCGUUACAUCAGACGUGCUCAACAUAUAAUCUUGAUUGAAGGACUUAGAGUUCCAUCAAACAAGCUCACCUAAACGCCUCUCUUGAAAGACUUAGAGUAUCGUUAGACAUACUCAAACAUUUAAACUUGCCUGAAGGAAUUAGAGUUCCAUCGAAUAUGCUUACCUCAGCGCCUCGCUUAAACGACUUGAAGUCUCCUCAGACAUGAUCCAGUCUAAGGUCUCGCUUGAGGGACUCAAUUGAAGUCUGGCCUAAGAAAAUUAACUUGAAGUCUUGCCCGAGAGACUCAACGCCUUGCCUGAGGGCUUAUACUCAUAUCAUACAUGCUUAAAGUAUAAUACCACUUGAAGGACUUAGAGUCUCAUCAAACAGGCUCACCUCAACACCUCCUUUAAGGGACUUAAGAUCUCGUUAGACAAGCUCAAACACAUAAACUCGCCUCAGGGACUUAAAGUCUCCUCA